AGCUGUCGUACUAUAUUGGGGGAAAUCCGGCAAUAUCGUCUGCUCUUUAACACGUGCAAAUGACAAGUUGUUUUCGAGUUUUGUUACUCAUGUAUGUGGAUUACUGAUUGAGCAAAAAGUUUUUCAAAAUCAUGUACUCUACUGCAGAAAAUAGUGAAAUCGGUUUGUCCGAAAGAGAAGCCAGGAUUCUAGCUCGAUCAAAGGUACGAAAGAAUCGAAAAACAGUUCAACAUGGCGAUCUCGAAAAUAAAGAUGACACAAUACCGUCGAAAAAGAGCAGGAGUGGUGUGAGCAACAUAGGAGAUGCAAGUUUUGAAAGUGAACAGGUAACUGACGGGCAAGUGAGAAAAAAGAAGCGGAAGCAUUUAGAAGAUUCCAAAAAUGUUGAAGACUCAAACUAUGCAGAUGUUCUUGAUACAAAAAUUGAAACAGAAGUCAAUAAAGAAGUUGCUGCUGCACCAGUUGAAGAUGGAGGUGAAACUGAGCUUGAACAACCUAAGAAGAUUAAGAAGAAAAAGAAAAAAGCCUUAGAAGAAGAAAAUGGUCUCAAUUUAGAAUCCCAAGAAAAAAAAACCAAGAAAAAAAAGAAGAAGAAAGUAGAACAAAAGCUUGAAAGCAAUGAUGAAAAUCAUUUACCUGUAGAUGCUCCAGAAGAUGAAGUGCUAGAAAAUGUUGAUCUAGAAAAAACAGAAGAGCCCCCUGGAACAGGCUUUACUAUUUUGGAAGAAUUCAGAGCCAAUAAAAAUAAUAAAGUUUUCAGAGUUUUACCAACUUGGCUUGCCAAGCCUUCAGUCAUAUCAUGUGACCUGAGUAAAAAUAAGGUGCCAAUCAAAGAAAUAACUGGCCUUGACAAAUUUCUGAUCGAAGCCCUAAAAAGAAACAAAAUUGAACACUUUUUUCCUGUGCAACAACAAGUUAUUCCAUGGUUAUUGGAAUCUCAGCAGCAACUAUUCAGGCCGUGCGAUAUGUGCGUGUCCGCUCCUACAGGAAGCGGCAAAACGCUGGCAUUUGUAUUGCCCACAGUUCAGGCUUUAUGGAGACAUAGUGUCCGUCAGUUGCGUUGUUUGGCAGUGUUGCCCGUGCACGAUCUUGCAGUGCAGGUAUAUCGAGUGUACGCUUCUUUCUGCGCUGAUACCAAUCUACAAGUAGCACUUAUAUCAGGCCAAGCCUCAUUUUAUGAAGAACAACAGCUAUUGGUUAGAAAAAGUAAAACUGGACAGUAUCUAACUAAACCAGACAUUGUCGUCUGUACUCCUGGACGAUUGGUGGAUCAUCUUCAAAGGACACCAGGAUUCUCACUAAAAUCCUUACGUUAUUUAAUUAUUGACGAAGCAGACAGGAUUAUGGAAGAAGAGCAUAACGACUGGCUAUUUCACGUCGAAAAGGCAAUCGGUGUAUCGUCGGCGCAUUUAGUUGCGCAAAAAUUGAGUCUUCCGCUGGAGAAAUCUGUCCAGAAACUACUAUUUUCAGCCACACUUUCGCAGGACCCUGAAAAAUUGACACGUCUCGGUCUAUUUCAACCAAAGUUGUUCACUUCCGUCGUGUCAACAGAUGUUUCAGAUAACACAAAGGAAUCCCAUCAUUUUGUGGGAAAAUUCACGACGCCAGCCGAGUUAACAGAGCAUUAUUUCAAGUGCCCACCGAUGCUGAAACCACUUGCCGUGUACUGUUUGCUGAAAAAAUUCAAAUAUCGCACCACGCUUUGUUUCACCAAUUCACGAGCAGCUACUCAUCGAUUGUGUGAACUGCUGAAACAGUUUGGUGACCUGAGAGUGGCUGAAUGUUCGUCCGAAAUAUCAAAGGGCCCUCGUGAUAAACUGCUCAAAGAUUUCUCCAGUGGCAAAAUCGACUUACUUGUAUGUACUGAUGCAGUCUCACGUGGUAUGGAUUUAGGCGUCGUGGAUUGCGUGAUUUCCUACGAUUCUCCGAGAUAUGUGAAGAACUAUAUCCAUAGAGCAGGUCGAGCCGCUCGUGCUGGACGACCUGGAACUGCCAUCACUAUACUGGUAGAUUCAGAGAUGCACGGAUUUCACAAAUUGCUGGGAAUGGCGGAAAAGAAAAACGUGACUCCAUUGGACAUGCAAACCGACGAGUUUGAAGUCUACGAAGAACAGUUCCGUAAAGCUUUGGAUGGACUCAAGAACACGGUAAAAGAAGAAAUCCAAUCCAAAAUUGUACGUAAUCACCAGGCUAGACAAAAGAAAGGAUUCAAACUAAAAUCGAAUAAAGGGAAAGUAGUAAGUACAAAGUUUGCAAAACGUCGUGGGAAGAAUGUCACUAAAUAAUUUCCCAAUAAUAAAUGACAAGGUUAUGAAUGAA